GAGAGAGAGAGAGAGACUGGUAUUGAUAAGCCUGCGGAAAUCUGAAGUGGUUUAGCCAGCUACAGCAACACAGUCGCAAAACGGGACACGCGACCUAUCUAUCAUGAACGUGUCAAAGACCAUCCCCUUAUCUUCUCAACCUCAUCUUCUUAUUCUCCCCAUCUCUCUCUCCCUCUCUCUCUCUCCAUCGUUGAUCUUUAUUGAAAAGGCUAGUUAGAAGAGCCAUGGCUGCCUAGCUUUACGGCUAUCCUUUGCCUGGAUGAGAAAGCAAUCGACGUCCUGACCUUUGGAAGGAUAAGAAGAAGAAGAAGGAGAAGGAGAAACAGAGUAAAGAGUUUGUAGAGGAGAACACAGAGAUGUCCCUUCUGUUCACAAGCGUGGAGGUACUCAACGGCCCAACGGUGGGCAUAAAGGAGCAACAAGUCAGUCUGCCAGUCUUCAACCAUGGAGAAUACAAAGAAACCAGCUUGGAAAUUGAGCAGGAAAGAGAAACAGAGGAUUUUGUCUUGUUGGGGAUGAAAAGUUUGAAUACUUAUUCCUUUGUUACAAAGAAGGAAGAGGAGGAAAAGCAGGAGGCGGAGGAUUCAUCAGAGAGCUCAUCUAUUGGCGUUCAGUCAUCUUCUUCAGAGGAGGAAGAGGAUGAUGACGAAAGGGGAAAUGAAGUCCAGAGCAAGCUGAAAGAAGAAGGGGCCUUAGCUUCUCUGGACUCUUUGGAAGAUUCCCUUCCAAUAAAGAGAGGAUUGUCGAAUUUCUUCACAGGAAAGUCUAAAUCAUUCGCCAGCCUCUCCGAAGCUUCGUCUGGUAGUGCCAGGGAACUCAAGAAGCAAGAGAACCCCUUCAACAAGAGGAAAAGAAUCCUUAUGGCCAACAAGAUCUCUCGAAGCCGGAGAGCUUCCUACAGUUCACUCAUCACAUCCUUACCCUCACUCCUCUCCCCUGGUCAUGUUGUUAAAGAAGGAGAGGAGGACGACGACGAAAGGGGAGAAGAAGAAAUCUCCUCUUUUGCCCCUCUCCCCAAACCUCUCAGCCAUGGUGGUGCGAGAGGAUUAAGCAAGACCUUCAAGUCACCUAGAUCAUUCUCCUUUUCUGAUCUUCAACAUGUUUAGCUUCUUUAUUAUGAAAUUCCAAUAUAUCAAAUCUUUGAUCUCCGCUUGCA